AUGAAUGCAAAUACAGAAAGAGAAGUCAUUGCCAAAGCCGUAUUUAGAAGUAAAUGUGAUAAUUAUCUUUACGAGUACCUGAUACAGAGAAGGGAGCAAGCUUCUUUCGUGAAAGAAAUUCAAGUCAAAAAUA